GCGGCGGCCAAUGGGCGAGCGCGGGGCAGGUGCCCGCUAACUCGCGCCUCGCAGCGCUGGGCUGCUGGGGCCGGGCAGGGCAGUGCGGGGACACCGGGGGCUGGGGUCGGUCCCAGCGGGACUCCGAAAGGAGGGAGCCGGGCUCAGCCCUCGGGCCUUACCGGCAGCUCGCAGCCUCGCACGGAGCCCGCGCCUGUGCGGGCGCCUGGAGCUGCCCGCUCCGCCGCAGCUGCCGCCGCGCCUGGCUGUACGCUGUGGCAGGACCCCGCGCUCGCUCGCUCACACACCCCUCGCCGCUCCGCGCCUGGCUCGCCCGCGGGGGCCGAGCGCAAGCGGGCGGGCGUGGGAGGUGAGGGGUGCGGGCGGGUGUGCAUGUGCCUGGCUGGGUGCACACCCCGCACGGCGGCGGCGCCAGGACGCGGAGCGCUCCCCAGAGCCCGGCUGCCUAGCACAGCUCCCGCGGCUGCGACCAUGUUCCAGCCCGCGGCCAAGCGCGGCUUUACCAUAGAGUCCUUGGUGGCCAAGGACGGCGGCACCGGCGGGGGCACUGGCGGCGGGGGCGCGGGCUCCCAUCUCCUGGCGGCGGCCGCCUCUGAGGAACCGCUCCGGCCCACGGCGCUCAACUACCCUCACCCCAGCGCGGCCGAGGCGGCCUUCGUGAGUGGCUUCCCUGCCGCGGCCGCCGCGGGCGCGGGCCGCUCGCUCUACGGUGGGCCAGAGCUCGUGUUCCCCGAGGCCAUGAACCACCCCGCGCUGACCGUGCAUCCGGCGCACCAGCUGGGCGCCUCCCCGCUGCAGCCCCCGCACUCCUUCUUCGGCGCCCAGCACCGGGACCCUCUCCAUUUCUACCCCUGGGUCCUGCGGAACCGCUUCUUCGGCCACCGCUUCCAGGCCAGCGACGUGCCCCAGGACGGGCUGCUUCUGCACGGCCCCUUCGCACGCAAGCCCAAGCGGAUCCGUACGGCCUUCUCGCCCUCGCAGCUGCUGCGGCUGGAGCGCGCCUUCGAGAAGAACCACUACGUGGUGGGCGCCGAGCGGAAGCAGCUGGCCGGCAGUCUCAGCCUUUCCGAGACGCAGGUGAAGGUGUGGUUCCAGAACCGGAGGACAAAGUACAAACGGCAGAAGCUGGAGGAGGAAGGGCCUGAGUCCGAGCAGAAGAAGAAGGGCUCCCAUCACAUCAACCGGUGGCGCAUCGCCACGAAGCAGGCCAAUGGGGAGGACAUCGAUGUCACCUCCAAUGACUAGGGUGGGCAACCACAAACCCACGAGGGCAGAGUGCUGCUUGCUGCUGGCCAGGCCCCUGCGUGGGCCCAAGCUGGACUCUGGCCACUCCCUGGCCAGGCUUCGGGGAGGCCUGGAGUCAUGGCCCCACAGGGCUUGAAGUCCGGGGCUGCCAUUGACAGAGGGACAAGCAAUGGGCUGGCUGAGGCCUGGGACCACUUGGCCUUCUCCUCGGAGAGCCUGCCUGCCUGGGCGGGCCCGCCCGCCACUGCAGCCUCCCAGUUGCUCUCCGUGUCUCCAAUCUGCGUUUCUGUUUUAAUUUAUUUUCCAGGCACCACUGUAGUUUAGUGAUCCCCAGUGUCUCCCUUCCCUAUGGGAAUAAUAAAAGUCUCUCUCUUAAUGA